AUGUUUCUCAUACGGCGUCUAGGGACGUCGUUAGGGAACUUUGGACGAUGUCAGGUAAGAACCGCGACAACAAUACCCAAAGACACAGAGAAUGCAGUUAAGGAUGGGCUACAGGAAGUUGAGAACGAUCCUAUCAACACAGCUGCAAUUGAAGAAACUGGUGAAGAUGGUACUCAGAAGGUCAAAUUACCGUACAAUGAGUACACAAUGAAGACAUUGAAGUAUGUUUUUAUUUUUUAUACAGAAUUAUAUCUUUUUACAUUAAGUCAUGGUUAAUAUCUUACAACUUAUGGUUUGCACAGUUUAUUGGUUAUUUCAGAUUGGACCAGUAUCCAUACUACGUGGAACGCGAGUGGUGGAAGCACGGUAACCGUAUGACUUUCUGGGCUACGUGGCGUAUGAAGAGAGACGUGCUACGAAGAGAAUCUCUGGCAGAGUACGGUCCAGAAAGGAUGCGAUUAAAGGCGCUUAAGUACAACACUAUUCUGCCUCAGGCAUUGCGAGACGAGUGUUCGGAACGGCUGACCCAUGGGGUACCACAAUAUUCACAUCCGUCGCUGAUUCUGAACAUGUGCCAGUUCACGGGUCGAAGAAGAGGAAAGAUCAAGCCUUUCAGAGUGAAUCGACACAUCUUCCGUCGACUGGCCGACCACUCCCAACUGUGCGGAGUCAAAAGGGCCAUGUGGUGA